UAUUAGUAAGUCUUGCAUACAUAAUAUGUAAAGAGGUAGCUACCCCACCACACCGGAGCUAUCACAACAUAUGGCGUCACCGAAUGCAUCUCCUACUAUUCGGCAUCUCUCCGUCCUGAAGCAUUAACUACAUGUACGUGACAAGUCGGUUCCGUCACUUAUGAGUCUCCGAUGCGUCUAGCUCGGAGUUUCUCCUCUCUCGCCUAUAAUAAACCCCAAUUCUAUCCCUCCAGACAACUUCUAGCUACAUUUAUAAUUCCUUCUUCAAGCUUUCGUCAAUUCUCAACUACACAAUCAAACAUGGCGCUUAACCCCAAAUUCGCUGGCCAGCGACUGCUCUUCGGACAGCCUUCCUCCUCUACAUCCGGCGUGCCUCCGGCUGUGCACACCCUCGAGCUGUUCCUCGAUUACGUGUGCCCGUUCUCGGCUAAGCAGUUCAAGACCUUCUAUCACUCGGUCGUGCCCCUCGUCAAAGAAAACCCCAAGUGGGCCAGCAACCUGCAGAUCAUCUUCCGCCAGCAGAUCCAGCCCUGGCACCCGUCGUCGACGCUUGUGCAUGAGGCAGGCGUUGCCGUAUUACAGGUCGCACCCCAUCGGUACUGGGACUUUAGCGACGCCCUGUUCAAAGCGCAGCUAGAGUAUUUCGAUGAGCGCGUCGUCAAUGAGCCCCGCAACGACACUUACCGUCGAUUAGCUAAACUAGCCGCGACCGUCGGCAUCGACGAGCAGGCGCUGUAUGACUUGCUCGUCAUCCCGGACAAGGUGCCGGAGGGCAGCAUUGGCAAUACCGGAAACAAGGUCACCAACGACCUGAAGCUGCAAAUCCGGUACGGUAGACUGGUGGGUGUACAUGUCAGCCCCACUGUUAUUUACGACGGCAUCGUCGCAAAUGAUAUUAGCUCGUCGUGGACCAAGGAGCAGUGGCAGGAGUGGUUGACCAAGAAUCUCGGUUGAAGGAAAGCAGUAAGAUAAGGCAUAAAUAGAAGUAUUGCUUGAUCAUACUUCGGAUGAUUAUAACCUAAGGCUAUGAAUGAGGGGCUACCUAAUAUAGGUUGUUAGGUAUUUACCAAAUAUAAUAAUUAUAUCAUCGUACCGCAAGUUCCAGCUUAUAUCAUGUGUGUAGUAUAUACAUGUAGCACUAAUUAGAAUUGAAUCAGUAUUAUAUCGAAUAG